AUGUCGAAGCUCCGCACCUUCUUCGUGCCGCAAUUCGGUGCUCUAGAUUUGCUCCUUAACGAUGCAUACCUUCCAGGAGCGUUGGUACUGGCCCAUUCGUUGCGUGAUGCCAGUACAGCCAAACAGCUCGCCGUCCUAGUAACACCCGAUUCAAUAACCGCCGAGACAGUUAGUCAGCUCAAGACAGUCUACCAUCAUGUCAUCCCAGUGCCGCGAAUCCGAAACGACCAUUUGACUAACCUCCGGCUCAUCAAUCGCCCCGAGCUGCAUUCCGCGUUCACCAAGAUUCAUUUAUGGAAGCUGACUCAGUUUUCCAGGAUUGUGUACUUGGAUGCUGAUGUUCUCGCCUAUAGAGCCCCCGACGAGCUGUUCGACAUACCUGCCCCCUUCUCCGCUGCUCCCGACGUUGGCUGGCCUGACGUCUUCAACACGGGUGUCAUGGUUCUCUCCCCUAGCCUGGACGAUUACCACGUUCUCAUGGCCAUGGCGGAAAGGGGACUAUCCUUCGACGGGGCCGACCAAGGCCUCCUCAACAUACACUUCAAGAACAGCUAUAACAGAAUAAGCUUCACCUACAAUGUAACACCAGUGGCGCACUACCAGUACAUUCCUGCCUUCCGCCACUUCCAAUCCAGCAUCAACCUGGUCCAUUUCAUUGGCGCUAUGAAGCCGUGGUUUCAAGGGCGACCUGCUAACCAAGGCGACUCGCCCUUCAAUGAAAUGGUUGUCCGGUGGUGGGCGGUCUAUGACAGGCACUAUGGAGGUCCGCAAACAGUGUUGCAUUCCACUGGGCCACCUAAACUUCAAGAGCCGGACGGCCCGGUAUCAGUGAUUCCUCAAGCUGCCCGGCACUUUACCAUGGUAAAUCGGGUCCCACCAACUAGUAAGCAUGAACAGGAUCAUUACCGCCAUGGUCCUCAGGGCAGCAAUGGUCACAACACUGGGGACGUGUCGAGGCAAUCUGCAUGGGUCGCAGGUGAAAAGCACCUCGAAACAUCUGCGGAUGCAUUUCAUCACCUGCCGCAGCCUCCCCGCAGUGAGCUGCACGGACAAGAGGUUGUCCAUCGUUUUGAUCCUGAAAUCCAAGCUUCAACUCGUCCCUCAGAAUCGCUUCCUGCGCCUGAUGUCGGAGCACCGACCGGGGUAGGCGAGAAGGCCUCACCAGUAGAACGCACAGUGCAUGGGGCGGGUCAUCUCCCUGUGGAGACGUGGGAUGCUCAGAGACAACCACCACCACAGGAUGCUAAGCCGGAGGCAAUAAACUUCCCCAGCCAAGUUUAUGAGAUGUCGCGAGAUCUUCGCCCCUUCAUUCCCCCGGAGCGUUAUCCGAGCCCACCCAGAAAUAUGUGGUACGAGGUGCCAAAAGAAAGGUCAGUGUCGUCGGAGGCCCCGGCUAUGUUCCCGUGGGAAGGUCGCCAGCCACGACCGUCUCGGGUAUACUGCGCUGGAGAGUCAUCGAGGCCCUCCGUCCCAGCUACACCCAGUCUACCUGCUAGUGCCCAGAGGCAGGAGAGACAGGAGAGGCAGGAGAUGUCACCGCCAUCUCAUUCGUAUGCCGAUGAUCAUUCUGCAAAGCCUACCAGGGCAGAACACAAGGCCGAGCUUGUAUCCGUAAAGCAGCCCGUUGAACCGGCCGUUGUCCGUCACUCGAUACCCUGGGACAGUUUCUUGCGAACAAACACGUGGGAUGAGAUGCCCGCAAUUACACGUUACGUCCAAGGGUUACAGAAGCACCGCAGCGCAAAUAAUCCGGGGUUGGCAGACGUCUCUCCCACGGAAAGGGCAGCCCGGCAGCAGGAUGUCCCUUUCGCAAACGCUGCAGUCGAUCCUCAAAAAUUUCCGGGCUCUGCCGUGGUCAACUCUCGGUCGAGACUCUACGACCGCAGGGUGUUCGGUGCCGACAAAGAAAGCAAUUUGCAGAGCUUGGCGGUGACAGAGGCCGGGCAGCCCCGGUCGGGGUGGACUGUCUUUGCGACCUGA